AAAAGUAAUUUUAUAAUUUUUAGUGGGAAUAUCAACAGUGUGUAUGCUCUAUUUGAUCCUGUUCUUGAAGCUGUGGAGUUAUGCGCAGACCAACCAUUGGUGCAGAAUUGGAAUGAAGACGAAAUUGAGCAAUAAUAAAUUGAGGAGACAGAGUUUGUCCGCCCCUAAUUGGAAUGAGCUACUAAACGCCACACAAGAGCAAACGCUCGAAGACGAGAAGAAUGAUCAUGAUGCGCUGGCCGGCAUUGUCAAAUAUCCCGACAAUUUGUACCUCAAUGAUCUGUUUUACUUCCUCCUCGCUCCCACCCUUUGCUAUGAGUUGAAUUUCCCUCGAACCACGCGUAUCAGGAAGAGGUUCGUAAUAAAAAGACUACUGGAAGUGAUAUUUGGGAUUCAUCUAAUCUUGGCGCUGUUCCAGCAGUGGAUGAUACCGUCCGUGACUAAUUCCGUAGACACUUUCUCUACCAUGGAUGUCGCUAGGAUCACAGAGCGACUAUUGAAACUCGCUGUUCCGAAUCAUCUUCUAUGGUUGUGCUUCUUCUAUUUAUCAUUCCAUUCGUUCCUAAACUUGAUGGGUGAGCUACUUCAAUUUGCCGAUCGCAAGUUUUACGGGGAUUGGUGGAACGCGAACAAUAUCAACGUGUUCUGGAGUUCCUGGAAUAUGCCCGUCCACAUGUGGGCCGUGAGACAUGUUUACAAACCUGUUACGUCGCGGGGAUACAGUAAAGGCACUGCCGCUGUUGUGGUCUUCUUUAUUUCGGCUUUUUUCCACGAGUAUUUGGUAAGUGUACCUCUACAAAUGUUCCGCAUCUGGGCGUUUCUGGGAAUGAUGGCUCAGCCUCCAUUGGCAGUCAUCUCCCGAUUCGCAGAAAUCCGCUUCGGCCCACGGUGGGGUAACAUUAUCGUGUGGAGCUCUCUCAUCCUUGGCCAACCAUUGGCUAUUAUGAUGUACUAUCACGAUUACGCACUAGCACAUUAUACACCUCAGCAAUAAUCGAUUGGGUAAACAAAGAAAUAAACAAAUAAAUAGAUAUAAUAUUGGCUUUUUGUAUAGAUUUUAUGUACCUGUUUGUGUUUGUGUUAGUUGGAGUAGCUUGUUGCUUGUGCCACUUAUUAUUAUCUCUUAGCAUUGUCAGAGAUGCAGAGCCUUUAAAUUAAUGAACGAUAAAAAAUAUUUGCGGAAUUUCACGCUCUAUCUGCAUUUGGGCAAACUACCAAUCGAAAGGACGAUUUAGUUCAGCACACAGGUAUAUCAUAUAUGUCUUUGUUAUUCUGUUAAGUUUGAAACCAUUUGCACGUAUGUUAUAAUUAUUAUUUUAGUUAGUCAAAUGCAUCAGAAGCAUAUGUAUAUCAUGAUCGAACAAAGUCUUCCAUGUAAAUCUUAUGUUUUGAAAAGUAUUUUGUUUUAUCUACGUAUGUUAAGUUACAGAGCUGAUACAGGUCAAAAACAUUCUGAAAUCGAUUAUAUUAUUGAAGUGUUAUAUGUGUUAUAUAUCCUAUACUUUAGAAAGUGCCUUUUUAAUACAGUUGAUUAAAAUAUAUAUAAGAAUAACAAUAAUAACUGAGGAAAGCGCUCAACGCCCAGCGUACAUUAAAAUGUACUAAAUAUAAGUACCUUCAGGUCCAAAAGCAACUAUAGCCUCCGUUUUGUAUGAAGAACGACGCCGGGAUUGUUUAAAGCAUUUGUCUUGGUACUAGAGUACCUACAAAAAUACCUUGACUCUAUACAAUUUAGCGCUAAAUUUGAACGCGGUAUAUUCAUAAUAUUGUACACCGAGCGUUUACGUGAUCAUUGGAGUAAUAUUCCCUGGGUCUGAAUCACUUCACAUGUUAUGUACAUUUCGAUGUACACGGGGCCUUAGGAAGUUAAGGUCAUAGGUGUAGUAUUUAAUAAUUUAAAAGAUUUUAUUUAUUUAAAUAUUUAAAAGAUUUUACGUGUAAGUGUGUUAUAAAGAUUUACAAAUAGUUUAUGGGG